AAAAGUGUGUGAGGCAGUUUGUGCUGCCUAUUCUCGAAAUAACCUGUUGAUCCAGUCGGCUGAACAGUGGCUGUCAGAAGGCAGCAGACGGCUCCCUUCUCCCUCCUUCUCUAGGAUUUCCUCUGAACUGCGGCUGAGUCACGUUUCUUGCAUUCAUGUUUUGGUGAUGCCAAACCACCCAGAGUGAUUCAAAGACCAACCUGCCACAGAGGAAUGAGCGGCACUGAGGCCCCCCUGCACGAGUUUCUGUGUCAUUAGAUGGUCCUCGAUGCCUGGAACCAUGUCACUGAUACCAACCUGGGCCUGCCUCCUCCUCUGGGUCAGCACGGCCACACAGGACAAAACGCCCGAAGUGGCGGUGAAGUGCUUCAUUUCCGAGGACUGCGUGCUCCCGUGCAGCUUCCAGAGCGGUGCUGGGGAGACCGUGGAAUGGUUCAAACAGGACAAGCUGAUGUACAAGUUUGAGCAGAAGACACAGGAGCGCUUCAUACACCAGCAGCUGGCUGGGAGGGCCUCUGUGUCCCCACAGCAGGUUUCCCAGGGCAACGCCACGCUGGUCCUGAAGACGAGCAGCCUGAAGGACAGAGGAACGUACAGGUGCCAUGUGAACAGCUCUGCAGGUCACCACGAUGCAACCGUCAUCUUGAGGGUGGAAGCCCCCAUCAGAGGACUCUUUCUGGAGAUGUCCAGGCUGAGCGGCUUCGAGGAGAUGAAGUGCAUCGUCCAGGAUGUCUUCCCAGCCCCCCGGGUAACCUGGGAGACCGAGCCCCCCACAUUGGAAGCCUUCAAGCCGUUCACGCGUAUGACCGCCGAUAAGAGAGGCCUCUACACUGUAGACAGCCGUCUGAAGAAAAUGGAGGGAAAACCUGACCUCAUCUACAUCUGUAAAAUGACCCCCCCCUACGGGGGUCCGGCCUGGACCUCCUCCCUCAGAGAGAGAGAAAUCAAAGGAUCCGAAGGCAAAGACCUGACCCUCCCCUGCAGUGCCCCCAUAUACCUGAACAAGCCCUCCCUCCAAUGGACCUUCUCCUCCAGCAAUGAGUCCACCCAGAUCCUCACCUACAACAGCCAAUCAGGACGCAGCAUCACUUUGUCGCCCUGGGAGGAGCAGGUGGAACUGGACAUCUACAAUGUUCAUUUUGGAGACGGAUCUGUGCGUCUGAUGAACCCCCACCGGUCACGUAACGCCGGGGGCUACACCUGCGUGUUCUCCACGCCGUACAGCUCCCACACCGAACGCAACAAAGUGACCUUCAGUGCUGUUACUGCAGGUCAAGAAGGUUCAGAGAAGGACACUUCUUUCUGGUGGAUCUUCGGUUUGGUGGCUGGACUGCUGCUCCUGGUUCUGACCGGACUGUUUGCCUUCCUGAAGCUGAGAGCAAAAAAACAGAAACUGACGCACAAAAGUGAGGAAGAAGCUGAACUGAACGCAGUAAGAGCUUCAUCUCCUCCAGCAGGACAGUAGCUUUACGGAGAGGACAGUCUAGAGGACACAAGGAGCUCCAGCCUGACCGUUGGAUCAGAACUGCAGACCCGACAACCACUGAGGAGAAGCUUUGAGAAAGGACAUGGAAGUGUUCUGAUCCCAGUAGUUUUCUGGUUUGAGAGCAAAGACAGAAGAACGGCAGCUGUACGUCACACUGUUGCUAUAGAAACACUCCUGAAUGAAGAGGUCGUGUCUCCUGACAGGAAGCUUUUCCUGUGAGGAAACCUGCAGGAAACAUGUCUUCUUUCUGAAUUCACCAUCAGCUUCAGAUCUGGACGUUAACACAACGAAGAUGAAGAUGAAGAAGACUGCACUGAGACUGUAUAGACCACCAACAUCCAGAGUCCUGAUGAUGCGGCUUUAAUCAAACUUCUUGAUCUUUUUGAAAGGAAACAGUUUAAACUGUGUAUUGAUGAAUCAAGACAGAUGAGAAGUGAGUUUUCGUGUAUGUUUUUCAUCAUCAUCAUUGAACUCAGGGAAAUGUGACACUUCAUCUACAGACAGAAACAGCUCCAGCAUUUAAUUGCCUCUCAGCUUUAUGUCAUUAGUCAGAUUAGAGGAAUGUGAAUCACAGCUUUUUGUCUCCUCAGAGAAAGUACACACAAUAUGAAAAUAUUGAGUGUAAAAACAGAGGAGAGAAAAUCCAAAGAAAAAUGAAUUCUGAAUGUGUUUCUGUCUGAUGAUGACAUGAACUUUGGUAUAAAAAUGACCUGAAACCUUAAGGAAACUGAGAGCCAGGACUAAUGUGAUCUGUCAGUGUGCUUGUUCAGGUUGUAGCCCCUCCCCUUAGAUAAUUACCUCUGGGAUAAGCCCCCCCUACGCCCAAAGUGAAGCUGAAGCGUGUGUCUGCAAAGCUCGACUUUCAGAUUUCUCUUAAAAUUAUCUGGAAACCUUUGAUGAUAAAGGAGCUUUGGGGAUGGUUCAGAAUUCCAGAACCAAAAGCAAGAGAAAAAAAACAGUUUGAGUUUUUGUUAUUGUGAGUUUUGUUGAAGGACUUGGAUGAAGUCAUGCAGGAGAUGAAUGACUUGAACCAAUUUUGUGUGACCAUAACAGAUUACAGAUGAACUGUCACAGUUUGUCCUCAUUUGCACAGAAUAAAACACUGGGGGUGUAAA